AACGCACCCCGCCUGUUUGCUCUCUAGUUACAGUAACGUUAUGGCGGCUGAGACUUGCGGAGGAGGACAACUUCUUCUCGAUUCCUUCCAGAAAACUGUAGGAAGGCGACGGCUUUAAAUCACACCUGUCUCGGCAAACCCGGUCUGGACUGAGACAGACGACGGCAGCGCAACUUGUGGCUUUUACGGAGUUGUUCCUGGAAGAGAAUCGGGCUGGUGUGAUGCGUGAGGACCCGCAGUCUAGAAACUCCCCUGAUUUUUCCGCGUCUGUUUCUGCCCUGACUGUCAGUUAGCCGGCUAGCUAGCUGCUCGGUAGCUCACCACCUUCAUGCUAACGUUUGUUUGCAGGGCUUCGUAGUGGCCAAAAGGCGGGCUAGCUUGCUGCUUUUAUUUGCUCCAGGAGACAGGGAUGGCAUUUCGCCUCCACCCGGUAAGCGAAGUGGUUGAGAGGGGUGGGGAGAAAACAUUUAAGACCCGGUUGAUAAGUUUGUCAGCACUCAUUAGCCUAGCCUAGCCUAGCCUAGCUGGUUGGUACAACGCCAGAAAACGUUGGCCGAGAGUUUAGCGCUUUGCCUGUUCACUAGCGAGCUAGCCAAUUAGCAUUUUAGUUGCACAAGAAGACCUGCUAAUCCCCCGUUCAUCCCGUCUGAGUGUUUUAAAGCCUCCUCACCAACUAAUUCAGACGAAGAGAGGAGACUGAACUGCUUUAGUUUGCCUAUUUUACCGUUAAUGUAUAAUAACUCAGGGGUGCUUAUUCUUGCUAGGUGUCAUUAGCGACCUAAUAGGUGUUCUGCGGAGAGAGUGGUAGCGUAAGGUAGCUAGCUAAGGUGCCCUGUAUCAGGGAAACAAUGUCACACAGAUUAUGGCUCUAAAUGACGGAUAGACUACAGAUGACACAUUACUUAACGCCAAAUGUGUGUAAACCAACAGACGUGUUGCACAUUGGGUUGUACGCCCGUUGUUAUUUUUGUGCAAGACAAGACUUAACGCAGCUAAAACAACGCGCACUAAUAUUGUUAACUGUUUCCGAAUUACAUUAGAUAGAUAGUUUACUGGAUUGAUAGCUCAUUCAAUUAGUAGUCACAAUUACUGGUGGGAGCUUGUGCUAUUUUGGGGGGGGCUAAACAUCACGUCUGUGGUGGCUGACUGGCUGCCCUCGUCUGCUCCAGUGCUGGAAUAGUUUGAUGGACGUGGGAGGCUGUUUUCCAAGCUGUCAGUGCUAUACUCAGUCAUGUAUGUCUUGACACAUAGCACCCUGGUCUGUACAUAGUGCCCGCUGUCAGAUAUAAGUACCGAUAUGUAGCUUUUGGUGGACAGUCAGUAAGGGGAAUGUCUUGUCUUUUUUAUACCUGUUGGUUUGUUUUUUUAUUUUCAUUUGUUUCAAACACAGGAGAGUCUUGUUGAAUCGAAGUGGGAGAGCGGUGCAGCCUGGGCUGUGCACAGUGGACAAUGUUUAUUAGUUAGUGCCUAGGAACUUAAGAGUACUACCAUUUCCGCCUACAUAUAGGCCAUAGAUAUAGUAGAUUAUUCAUUGGGUAUUGCAACAGAAGACUGCCACUCUGGAUCAAGAAAACCUUUCCCUCGUGUCUGGUUGGAGUAAUACUCUUAAGCCAAAAUCAAUGCCUUCAGCGCUGGCUGUGUUCGCCUGCCGACCCAACUCGCACCCUUUCCAGGAGCGGCAUGUGUACCUGGAUGAGCCAGUCAAGAUCGGCAGGUCGGUGGCUCGGUGUCGCCCGGCCCAGAACAACGCCACCUUUGAUUGCAAGGUGCUGUCCAGGAAUCAUGCCCUGGUUUGGUUCGACCACAACACCGGCAAGUUCUACCUGCAGGACACUAAAAGCAGCAAUGGGACGUUCAUCAACAGCCAGAGGUUGAGUCGCGGCUCGGAGGAGAGUCCGCCCUGCGAAGUUCUCUCCGGCGACAUCAUUCAGUUUGGCGUCGACGUCACUGAGAACACACGCAAAGUCACCCAUGGCUGCAUCGUGUCAACAAUCAAACUCUUCCUACCCGAUGGGAUGGAGGCACGCCGACGAAGCGAUGUCAUCCAGGCUCCGUUACCACUACCUGUAGACAAGGUUGCAGCCAACACUCCCAGUAUGUAUUCUCAGGAACUGUUCCAGCUCUCCCAGUAUCUACAGGAGGCCUUACACAGAGAGCAGAUGUUGGAGCAGAAGCUAGCCACUCUGCAGCGACUGUUAGCCAACACUCAGGAGGCCUCAGAGAGCAGCUGGCAGGCUCUGAUUGAUGAAGACCGUCUGCUCUCCAGACUGGAGGUGAUGGGCAGUCAGCUACAGGCCUACUCUAAGUCCCAGACGGAGGAAGGGAUCCGUAAGGAGCUUUUGGCUCUUCAGGAGGACAAACACAACUACGAGACGACGGCGAAGGAGUCUCUGAGGAGAGUCCUGCAGGAGAAGAUCGAAGUGGUCAGAAAGCUGUCAGAGGUGGAGCGCUCACUCAGUAACACGGAGGAUGAGUGCACCCACCUGAAGGAGAUGUCAGAGAGGGGCCAGGAGGAACUGAGGGAGCUCGCCAACAAGUACAACGCCGCAGUCAACGAGAUCAAAGAGCUCACUGACAAAAUUAAGGUGGCGGAGGGGCGGCAGGAGGAGUUGACCCAGCGUGGAGCGACAGAGAAGAGAGAGUUGGAGCUGCGGAUUGAGGAGAUGGAGGAGAAGGAGCAGGUUCUCCAGGCUCGCAUCGAAGCUUUGCAGGCCGACAACGACUUCACUAACGAGAGGCUCGCCGCCCUGCAGGUUCGGUUAGAACAGCUACAAGAGAAAAGCAUUAAAGAAAACAACAGCCUGGAUGUCGACAUUGUCUCCCACGGACCAGUAGAGGAUUCUGUCGAGGACAAACAGAGCCCGCAGACCCCUGAGAGCCAGGAGGAAGACGAGGAUGAGGAGGAUACAGACACCGAUGACGGUGCAUUUGGUGAAGAUGUUGAUGACAACUGUCAUGUUAACAGCGGAGGAGACUCAACUAGAAUCCAACAGUUGAUUGAGUGUCCGCCGGUCAAACAGCUGAAGGAGACUGUAAGUUCUUCAAUCCACAAACUGGCCAACUUUGAUGAAGUUAUGGACGCUCACCUACAGAACAACCAGACGGCAGAAGACGACAUCCUGGCCAGCCCUGAUCGACUCAAAGGGAAUCCGAUGGAUGCCAAAGAGUCCGACAUGUCAGACACUCUGAGUCCCAGCAAAGACCGCAGCAGUGACGACACAUCAGACGGCAACAUGGACGACCAGGAGCUGAAUGAACCACAGAACAGAGUAGCUCUGCUCAAAGCGGAGUUGCAUCGGGCCGGUCUAGAACCAGAAGACACGGAGCAGGUUAUCCACCACCUCCACAGAGAGCUUCUUGACGCCCAGGACUUAGCCAACACUGGCAAGCAGAGAUGUCUGGAGCUACAAGCUCUGCUGGAGGAGGAGAGGAGGAGUAACUCUCGGCAGACUGAAGAGUCAACCAAACAGAUCCAGUACCUGCAGACUCAGCUUGGAAAGCUGCAGGCCGAUAUGGAGGCACUGAGGGAGCAGAGGGAGAGCACCAUCUGCACCACCAGAGAGGAGCUCUACUGCGCCCAGGAGGAGAUUGUCGUCCUCCGGCACGCCAUGGAGGCAGCCACGGCGGAGCGGGAGCGUGAGAUCGCCUCCCUGCAGGCCGAACUGGGCAACGUGCGAUCUGACCUGGAGCACUGGAGGGACAUGGCGGCCAAGUACGAGGGGGAGAUCAGUCGGCUACAGGAGGCCUUCACACAGCAGCAACACCAGCAGAGCUCCGCCAGCCAGCUGCAAGCGGAGUGUGUUACGUUGCAGCAGCGGUGUGUUUGUUUGCAGCAGGACUGUGAUGAACUGAGGGGUGAACGUAAAGCUCUUAUGGACAAACUGCACCGCCUGGAGACUGAGCUGAGCAGGUAGACACCAGCAC